AUGUUGAGAACAAAAAACAAGAGAAAGAAGCGAGUUUUUGUAGAUUAUUCAAAACGAAAAAAGCAACGAUAUUUUCUCAUAGAAUUUAUACCACUUUCGUCGUAUCAUGAUCCAAAGAGUCUAGGUAAAAAGUUACAAAAUAAUGAAUUUGAAAAGUCAUUUAUUCCGAGUACAAUUACUUCCGAUCUUUUUCUGAAACAGCUUCAACAAAUUAUUGAAGAAUGGUUUGGAUUGUACAGCCUGGCUCAUUCGAUGUUUUCUAGAUUUUACCAAAAGUUUAUUUACUUUAAUGAAAAAACGGGAUUAGCAAUUUUAGCAUGCCCUUGGAAGUUGGCUCCAAUUAUGUCAACAGCUCUCUCCCUGAUUCGGGUUCCCACAAACAAAGAAACCUUCAUUGUAAGAACGAUAUUUACAUCUGGGUCUAUUAAGAAAUGCAAGAGAGGAGCAGCACAGUAUCAAAUGAAAUGGAUCAAUGAAAAAGGUGCUCUUGUAAAUAAUAUCGAAUCAUUGGAUGCCAAUGUCGCAUUGUUAUCUUUCGAUGAGCCACCAGGUGAAGACGAGAAUGAAAUGAAUAUUUCAGAAUCUUUGAUUCAUAGCGGUACCGAACAUGAAGAGCCUCAAACGGAUCGAUUUAUCACACUGUCAACAGGCGAGACAAUCACCAAUUUUAUUCAAUUGUACCUCAAGACAAAAUAA